GUGAGUGGAGCCUCGCGGGUGCGCGCAGAGCCGCUCCCCGUGUCCCUGGGGGUGUCCCCGGUGGAUGGCUCCCACCCGCGUCCUUAGGACGUACGAGCGCACGGGACGAGGGCGGCAAGGCACAGCCGCACCGUGCGUUGCGGCCUCCCCGGCGUUUCUCCCUUCCUCCCUCCCUCCCUUCUGGGAGCGCUGCCCGGUCCCGGCCGCUCUCAGACCCACGUCCAAGGGCCAUCCCAAACUGCCAGGUACCACAGGUCAAACCUGCGCACACAGACGGCCGUGGGACUCUGAGCAGUGCCGCAGCCUGAGCACCAACACCUCUACGGUCAGAACGCGGGAGCAGGCACUCUGUGCUGGCUCCGGGGUGCCGAGGUGGGGAGAGCGACAGUAAAGAUCGCUUGCUGUCGCUGCCGUGCACGAAUUCAAACGCUGAAACAGGUUUGAAUUCGGGAUUUUCUGACUCCAAAUAACAUCAGUACUUUUUUUCCCCCCUCUAUGCAGCAUCACACAGAUUUGAAGCAAAUAACAUUCUAGAUGGAUGUUUUCUUCCAAACGAAGUAGAUCUCCGUCAGGUAAUUGUAUUGCCAAGAGCAGAGUGGCAAAGGAUGCAGGACAGCCUCGGCAGCAUGAGCAGAGAGGCAGCGCGCAUCCUCGCGGAGCAGAAAGAACGACAAGAAAUGCACUUACGCUCCAAAGCGGCUGUCAAAGACUGGACGAACACCAUUAUGGGCCAGGCACAAAGGAAACUGAAAGCCAAAAAACUUCGUGAAGAAAAGCAAGAGGAAGAAAGAAAGUUACUUGAUUUGGAAGAAGCAGAAUUCCAAGCAGCAAAAUGGAAGGAGACCAUCGAUAAAGCAAAAACUUAUCUGUACCACCAGAACGAAAGAGUGAAAGGGUUGCAUAGUGCCCUUCUACUUGCUGAGGUCCUAAAGGAAAGGGAUGCUCAAAUUGAAUUUAAAAAGUUAAAGUCAGAUGUUAACAAAAAGAAGGAAGAAGAAAUAGAACGUAGAUGUAAAGAAGCUAUUCUCAGAGAGGAAGAAAAGGUACAUCAACGUUAUAUGAAUCGACUGGCACUAUGCAGAGAUCAGCUGGAACAAAUAAAAGAGCGCAAGCAUCAAGCAGAUCUUGCCAAGCUAGAAGACAAAAGAGAAGGAGAAGAAAUACAGAGACUGAGCCAAUUGUACCAAUUAGAACUUCUGAGAAAGAUGGAAAAGGAACAGGAGGAAAAAGUUGAACGCCAGAGGCUGUAUCAUGAACAUGUAGCUAACCAGAAAAUAAUCAAAGCAGUGGAGGAACAAAAGCAAAUGGAAGAAGAUGAUCGGAUUAGAGCUCAUUUCAAAGCAAAGCAAACUAUUGCCAAGCUGAUGAAAGAGAAAGAAGCUGAAAUGCGUAGAAUAACACAGGAACACCGGGAUAAAAUUGUUAGGCAAUUAGCUGCCCAAAUGAGUGAAGCAAUGAAGAUGGAGGACGAGCGUAUUGCUAGAGACAUUGCAAAAAUAGAAGCUGCACAAGAAAAAGAACAGAAAGAGAAAGAAGCAAAAAAAAAGGCUGCCAUUGAGUCUAUUGCUGAACACCGAGCCACUGUGGUCCAGAUGAAAUUGGAAAAGGAGAGAGAGGAAAAAGCAGAAAGUAAAAAAGAACUUCAAGCGUUAGUGGAAAAGAAUCAGAUCUAUCUGGAAACAGAAAAAGCCAAGAAACAAAGACAACGUGAUGCAAACAUAGAAGUACAGAAAAUUCAGAUCCAGCAAAUGGCAGAAAAGAAGGCAAAAGAAAAGCAGGAGAAGCAAGCAGACUUGGACUACAAUGCUCAGAAAGAGCUUAUUGCGCUCCAUAAAGAACAUGAAUUUCAGAAGUAUGCAAAGCAAGUAAUUGAAUCAGAGUCCAGGACUACACAUCAUCUCUAUCCUCUCCUGAAAGCUUCCAGAGAAAUAAUAGGACUUGGAGGUGGCCCAUUUUCCAGAGGAAGUGGAGGAACAAAUCCUCAUUUUCAAGAGCAGGAUGUCGCUGAGACCCAAUUACCUUGUUGUAGCAGUACUACUGCUGAAGAAGUUAAAACUAUGGAAGAGCACUGAGACUAUCCAGCAAGGAAAGCCAAAAGUAGUUUUUUAUGUGGUUAAAAAACAAACAAACAAACAAACAAAACCCCAAUUUCUUGAACCUUGAAUCUUCAGUCAAAACCAUAAAUGGAUCUACAUUAAAUAUAUGCUAUGAAUCUGAAAGUCCAUUUGAAAAAAUAAAUUCCAUAGAAUUAUG